GUAUCUAAAAAAAAAAAUAAAAAAAAAGAAAUAUAAAGUGAUCCCGCGGAACGGACUGCCGUAGCGAAAGGGUUAAGUACACCACAGCAUUACACCGCGUGCACAUUCGUAUUCGCAGAGAGAAACUCUGGUAUUCGUAUCCACCUAUCUAUGUGUUCGAGUACUACCAAGGAAAACAGUAGCUAUUUGCUAUUUACUUUGAUGUCUCGUAACGAAAAGUUUGGUAAACGAUUAACGAAGAUUUUGUACGUAAGUACUCAACGGGAGUCAAUUAAACACAUGCCAGACGCACAAUAGGUAUUUAAGCUGAUCUAAUUCUGCACGAAUAACGUAAACUUUUACCACUCCGUUUUUCAAUGAUAUGUUUUAAACAAAUUGAUUCAUACAUGUGAACAAAGUAAUAUUUCUCAGUAGACUACGGAUUUUGUGCGUUUAUAAAAAAAAUUGAAACACAGGAAAGUAGAGAAUAAUAAAAGAAAAUUUUAAAACGCAUCUUUGAAACUGAUAUGCAUAAAAAUCCGCAGGCUAUAUAUAUACUUACGAGUUUGCAAUUCCUGAAAUGCUUUACUUAAUAUUUUUUUUCAGAUUACUGUGUAACUGUCGUUUAAUUAUUUUGUUUACACGAACGGUAUGCCCGGUAAUAAUAUUAUUCCUGAUUGGUGUACAAAGAGACGGUUUAUUUUUUAUCCACCUUAAACAAGGACCGCUGCCAGGAAAAAUAAGUUUUUCAAUUAAUACCUCUGUUCAUUAAACGUGUUUUUACUGUAUCAUUUUCUAGCCAGUCUAUUUAACAAGUUAGAAAUAUGGAAGAUCGAUCAUACGUUUCGUGCAUCAAAAUAAACGGAGUUCCUAUUUUACCACCCAUGAUCACCGAGGAUGUGAAACGAGAAAUUUCCAGGUAUAAGGAAAAUGCAAUAAAUAUAGAAAAGAAAUUAACUGCUUUGCGUACUGCUGAUAGCAAUACUAAUAUCGGAAAAACUAGGAAUAAUAUAAAAGAUUUAAAAUGUAGAAAAAGAGUUGAUAGUUCAAAAGAGAAUUUGGUUCCUUUCAAUUACGAAAAUGCUAGUCUGAACGAUGUUCGAAUAGAAACAUUCAAGAAUUCUAAUGGAAAUCUAGAUGAUUCGAGUACGAAGCAAAAAUUCGAAGAUCGGAUAAAUUUAGCCUCGAGAUCGGAGUCAAUAGAUUCUAGCGUUAAUACAGAUCAUUCGAACGACACAUCUUCCGCGAAAUCUACUGAGAUUUGGAAACCACAAGUGCCUAGAACGUUAGACAUCGUUCCACUGACGUUGAACGAUUCUAAUUGCAAAGGAAGCAAGGAAUACCAGGAGGAUUUUGAAGAUACUCCGAAACUGACGCGUCAAGGUUCCUACGUUUUGGAGACUCCGAGUCCUAUAUUAUUAGCGCACAUGCAAAUGCAAGUCGCUGGCUCAUCUUCUCCUCCUCCUUGCUCGGAAUAUAUUCCAACGUCUCAAGCAAAGACGACGAAUCGACGGAAGGAAUGGAACGUCGCGCAAGCUAAGAUCGAUUGGGAAUACGAAGGCAAAAACAAAAUGUCUGAUUCCAUAGAGUCUCUCAAAUCUCCAACGACGAAUCAUGGGAGUUCUCACAUGCACAUUGGUCGUGUGAUGUCUAAAUCACUUUCUUUACAGACAAAAUCUGAACCGCUCGUAAUGUAUUCUACUAAGUCGGCCGACUGCAUUCGAACCAUGUUGGUUCAAGAGACUGCGAAUAAAAGUUGCACGCACAUUAGUCGAAAUAAAAAGCAUACAGAUAAUAACGACGACAAGAAACAAAAACGUCACAUAUGGAAUAAAUGCAAUAGUUCUUCCCCUGUUAAUUCAGUAUGUAAACUCGGAGGUUCCUUAGACGACUUAGGCGAGAAUAAUAAGGGCGUAAGAGAGAAGCCAUCGGGAAACGUAGAAUUACGAGAUUCUGUGUCAAAGUUGAAGUCUUCCAUUGCGUCUGACAAGCUGCUGGUAGUUUACAGAAAGGUGCAAGAGAUGCAUAAGAAGCAAAUGGCCGAGCUGAUGUAUCGGCAGCAGAGAGAGCAAACGUUACUUCAAAAGGAAUUCGAGAAACAGCAAUUACUUUUAUUGAACGAGAUCAGAAAAUCCUUCCCAGAAGUAUCCGUUUCGUUUACGUCCGAAAAUGUUCCGUCUCCUAAUCUCGAUCGAGUCACCGACGCUGAGAAACUUUCGGACAACAGUGAUAACAGUGUAGAAAAAUCGAAUAAUAAUCUCGAACAGAACAACGAAGCAAACUAUUCGCAAGAUAAUACGAAAACCAUUCCGUGCCCGUUAGAUUAUAUUUAUCCCGAAAUAAAUUGUAAUAGCGCUCCAUGUUCAAUUAAAUAUUCGCACAAUGCUCGCUCAGAAAUGGAACUGCCAUUAAACGUUAAUUAUUCUCCGCCAAGGACAGGAAAAGAAGAUGCUGAACAAAGUAGUACAAAGACCUCCGAGGUAAAAUUGUCGGAGGAAAGCGGCCAGUGUAAGCGUUCGAAUGUCAGCCGAGAAUUAUUUCCUCUGGAAACUAUCCGUGUACCGAUCCUAGAUAGAACGAUAUACAGCAUGAAACACAUCAAAGCGGCAAAUACAAUAAACGCAUACGCGAGAGGCUACUUAGUACGUAGAUUGAUGCGAACUGAGCGGGUGAUCGGUUUGAAGAAUACGUACAAAGAGGCUCUACAUUGUAUGCUUAAACUUCACGUCGACGCGCCUCUUAAUAGAUCAGAAUUUAAUUUAUUACACCGUCUUCAAUUGCAGUGCGAUGCGGCUUCUAUGAAUUUGGCGGAGUUGUUUGCCCAGAGUCCCCAGAAAAGAAUGCGAAUAAUAGCGCAAGACCGUGAAAUAAAACAGUCCCGUGCAGAACGUCCGACGUCCGCAAGAUCAUAUUCGUUCGCGACCCAACGGACUUUGGCCAGGAAAAAAUUGAAAGAGAUGGAAGAAUGUCACCCAACUUCGUUUGUUCGUCCGUGUUUGUCUAGUAGGUCUAGGUGUCAAACUUGGACCUCGGAUAUCAAGGAGAGACUUAUCUCUUCGCACGUUUUAAGUACAUCAUAGUAUUAAAAGGAGCACCAGCGCUGGGACUGUGCGAAAGCCAUGGCGUUAAGAUUACGAUAGUGCCUUUUUUAUUCUUUUAACACAUGUACAUACUACAUUACGUUCUGUUAUAUAAAUCCACUUUGUGCCUGACUUUUUUAAUAAAUUUCUUUUGUAUAAAAUAUAUGGUCGGCUGUAAGCCGAUUUUCAACAGGGUUUCCGCAAUAAAUAACAACUUCGUACUCGUUC